AUGCACGCCACUCAAGCCCUUUCCCAGCUUGUUCUGUUGGCCACUAUGGUCUCCGGCCUACCGCAAGGUACCCGGACCGAGCCAGAGGCGAGAGAGGUCCAAAAGCGAGCGUCUUUCGAUCCCCAGGCGCGGUGCGCGGAGGACCGCCCGGCCGAGGACGAGCUGAUGCUCCUCAGCUACGUGGGCCACAACCUCGCCUUCGACCCUGAGGGCGGGAUUACCUCGGAGAACGGCGACCGCGUCGCGUUCCUCCUCGACAGCGCGUGCAACCGCGUGAUCAACUGGGGAUCCUACGAUGCGCUGGGUGUCGGGAAGGGCUUCGAGGCAAAGAUGGGCAUGUCGUACGACGGCACUGGGCCGGAGCUCGGCUGGCAGGUGACGAUCGAGUCCCGCGUAAUCUCUAUGGGAGCCGGGAUGGGCAUCGCCGACGCCACCAUCAAGAUCAACGGCGAGGAGAAGGAGAAGAGCUGCACCGGGGAGAAGACCAAACCCGAGGGGCUUGGCGUCGAUCACUGGAAGGCCUGCAACUUCAAGCCUGGCGAUGUCUGGCCGAAGCCGUGGUGGCCUAACUUCAGCGGCUUCAACUAA